UGAAGAACUACUUUUUAUAUUGAAUCACUAUUUUGAGUGUCACUUCACUUGACAAGUCUUUGUUGCGAGAAGCUAAGGCAGUCUUCUUCAUCCUUAUAACGAUUAAUUAAUAAUUAACCCCAUCUUAUUAAUAAUAGUCUAAGGGGAAUCAGAACUCACAAGAAUAAUUUCGAAUCUGAAAUGGCAUAUGCGGCACUGAUUACUAACGAGUUAUGAGCGAGCAAGGGUUAACGUUCACGUGCUUGCUUCGUUUUGAACUACUAUUUACUACUACUUCCAAUUUUCCCUCCUUCGCAGAUAACCUAACCGAAUUGCAACUCUGCGCUUUUUUCACAUCUAGGGUUUGUUAAAUUCAUGGCUUCCCCUGCUCGUUUUGACGAUGAUUUUGAUUUCGGAGGCGAAUUUGGCGGAAGGCGUUCAGGUAAUAAGAGACCAUCUCUGGAUUAUGACGAUGAAGAUUAUGAUAACGAUCCUUUUGCACCGAAGAAGGCUAAAUCUAAAGUGGAAGAAACUGCCUCGGGUGUAACAACGGGAAUGAUUUUGUCACUUCGCGAGAGCCUUCAGGAAUGUAAGGAUCAGCUUGCAACAUGCCAAAAUGAGCUUGAGGCUGCAAAGUCUGAGAUUCAGAGUUGGCAUUCUUCACUUCAAAAUGAGCCUGUUGUACGUACUGGGGAUACUCCAGAGCCAAAAAUGUUGAUUAUUUAUCUUCAGGCCCUGAAAUCAUCUGAAGAGUCUUUGAGAGACCAGCUUGAAAAAGCAAAGAAAAAAGAAGCUGCCUUCAUUGUAACAUUUGCAAAACGGGAACAAGAGAUAGCAGAGUUGAAAUCUGCUGUGCGGGAUCUGAAAGUACAACUUAAGCCUCCAUCAAUGCAGGCAAGGAGGCUGUUACUGGAUCCGGCUGUUCAUGAAGAGUUCACACGUUUGAAGAAUUUAGUGGAGGAAAAGGACAAAAAAGUAAAGGAGUUGCAAGAUAACAUUUCUGCUGUAACUUUUACUUCGCAAAGCAAGAUGGGGAAGAUGCUGAUGGCUAAAUGUAGAACCCUGCAGGAAGAAAAUGAGGAGAUUGGAAAUCAAGCUUCUGAAGGAAAGAUACAUGAAUUAACAAUGAAACUUGCAUUACAGAAGUCCCAGAAUGCACAACUCAGAAGUCAAUUUGAAGGAUUGCAGAAGCAUAUGGAAGGGCUGACAAAUGAUGUGGAGAGAUCAAAUGAAACGGUUCUUAUGUUGCAAGAUAAGUUAGAAGAGAAAGAUCAGGAGAUCCAAAGACUGAAAAAUGAGCUCCAACAAAAAAACCUAACGGAGGAUGGAAGGAAUGAUGCAGCAGCUAAUAGGAGUGACAGUGAUAAAAUAGUGACCGAGGAAGAUGCAAAUUAACUUUGGUUUAAUUUUAUUUUUUGUAGGAACAUUUUUUAUUAAGUUUCUACUGGUGGUUGUAUAUUAUAUUCAAUAUUGAUUAUUCAAUUUGAUAAACCUCUUUUCUAAGCAACAUGGAGUUGUGAAACCAAGUUUAUGAGAAAUGAUUUUGCUACUGGUUUGAAUGGAAUAUAGUACUCAUUGCGGAUGGUGCUACUUA